AUGACCAACUUGAAAGAGCUUGUGGAAGCCAUCGACGAGCAAGCGAAAGGACCAAAACCCACGGCACUGUCGAUUCGCACCUCCGCAGAUCCAUUCUCACAGUCAAACGACGCAGCAAACCCCCCCUCGUCGCCAGAUUCCGCAGGAAGCGACCCCCAGACCGGCUCUUUCUUCUUGAGCGGCGCCGACGCCCCAGACACCACACCCAAUCCUUCAGACUCCGACGACGACGCAUGGGAAACCGACGACGAAGGCGCAGAACGCGCUCCGCAGACCUCACCCACCGCGACCUUCAUCAUCCUGGACGACCUGCAGUCAGCACGCGACAAGAUCCGCCAAAAGAUCCGUGACGCUGCAGCACAGCGGCGCACCUGCGACUGCCUCAGCGCCAAAGAGGCCAUUGCCAUCCGCAACGUGGUGGAAGGGGCCAUCGAAGCGAAGAUCCUCACGCUCAUGGGCGAUUAUGCGGGCAACGUAUGGUUCUGUGUCCGCAAGGCCGCCGAGGCGAUGGACGGCUACGCAUGGUUCCCCAGGACCGUUGCAGACUUGAACAGGCAGUUGAAGAAGGAGCGACGCCGGUCCAGGGCACCGGGGGGCAGCGAAGCGAAGGAUGAGCCGCGCGAGUGCACCGAGGCCGUCGAAGCCUGCAUCCGGCACCUUCGCACGCAGAACCCCCUGGUACGGCUUUCGGUCGGCAAGGUCCGGGUUGCGGCGAGGGUUUACACGCGGCGAUGCGCAACGUUUCACUCAAGGGCUGGGCUGCACAAGGCGUGCGAGGCCGAGCUGUACAGCACGGUCCGAAAGGACUUGGCUCAGGUGAGGUUGAUUGGCGCGAUGGCUGGGAAGAGCCCGCGGUUGCUGAGGAGGUAUCGAUCGCUGAUGCAAUUCUACAUCGACAACUCUUCCUGGGCGCGCAGGCAGCUGUCGUAG